CACACCAGAGUAAGAGAUGAAGAUGAAGGUUGUUCUCCCUGUCCUCCUCCUUGCAGCUCUGACAAAAGUAGCUACAGCUCUGUUCUGGAGAAAAUACAUUCCUAUGGAUCAGAAGAUGAACUGGACUGAUGCUCAGGCAUACUGCAGGCAGAACUAUGCUGAUCUAGCAGCCUUUCAUUCACAAGAUGAUCAGGACAGAUACCAACAGUAUGUACAGUCUCAUUGUGAUAAUGGGUGUUGGAUUGGCCUCAGCAGGAAUGUACUAGAGAAGACCUUUGCACAGUGGUCUGAGGGAUCAAAUGUCAUUUUUACACAGUGGGACAGUAAUGAACCAACCAAUACAAUGAGUUAUAACUGUGUAUAUGCACAAGGUGAUUGGCAUACUGAUGACUGUAAAAAUGUUCAUUCCUUUAUCUGCUACAUCUGGAAGCCAGAUCUGAUUGUGGUGAAGGAGAUGAAGACCUGGGGAGCCGCUCUGAAGUACUGCAGAACAAACUACACUGACCUGGUGAGUUUAAAUACAGUAGCAGAUUUACUUGCAGUCAACAAAAAGAGCAGUGACAUCCUGACACCCAGUUUCUGGACUGGUCUGCGCUUCCUAGAUGAAUCGUGGUUCUGGGUGAACCAGGUCCCGAUAAAUAAGCAAAGGUACAUGCAGGUGAUGCCCUCAUGCCCUGCUCCAGGUUUCCGCUGUGGAUCCAAAGAUACCAAUUCUAACACUCUGCAAAACAGUUACUGUGAGGAGCCGAGGAACUUCCUCUGCUACACCCAAUCUGGGAAUUAAUUCAAGAUGAAGAUGUUCACUGCAAUCAAGACCAGGACAAAAUGAAUUAAACAGUGAUGAAUUGAAGAAAUGCAGAGAAAGAUAUGAUCAUUGUCAAGGUUUUACAUUUACACUAGUUAGCAUUAACAUUGUAAAGUAGAUGAUUUUAUGGGAAUUAUUAUAUAUGACUAUAUAUUCAGAUUUGACAUGUGCUGUGUUUCCUGAAACCUCCUUCAUUACUCCAACUGUCAAAACUUAUAAGGCGAACAAAUAAAUGCUGUAAAAUUUAAUAACAACUUGGGUCUGAAAUAAAAAGAAAAUGAUUAAUUUCUUAUAAGAAUGAAUGCCUACAGUAUGAAUCCAGACUUUGGGACUGCCUGUAUAUUAAUCUGUUACAUGUUUUAACUAUUAAAUAUAAAUUAUGUAAAAUGAUGUAAAAUCU